UCGUGUCAAACUGGAUCUUUAAUUCUUCACUGCUGUCGUUUAUUACAUUUUUUAAUAUUGAAAAUAUUUACGCCAAUAUUUUAAAAAGAAAUGUCUUGUUUAACAAUAAUAUCUAUUUGUCACGAUAGAGUGAAUUGAUUGUAUGAAAAAUUCAACAUGGAAGUAUCUAGUGGAGCAGACGAGGGUUUCGUGAGAGAAUGGACUCCUUGUUCCCAUAUUUUGAACCUUAUACCACCAAAGAUUCAGACUGGUAUAUUUUCUAAUGAAUUGUGUUUGACUUGUGUUGAUGCUGUAAGUGAAUAUAUAGCCUUGGGGACAAACGUGGGUUUAGUGUACUGGUAUGAUAGGAAAAAAGGUAACAUACAGCGACUAAGAUGCGAGGCAUCCACAUCACCAAUAACAUUUGUAAAGAUAGUGAGUACAGUGGACUACAUGGUGGGGGCAGGCAAUGCAACGGGGCAGGUGACAGUAUUUCAGAUACCCAAGGAACACCCUGAGAAUGUUCCGGACACUUUUAAGCCUAAAGUGGAACCAAAAGUGGAGAGGUACACAAUUGGUGAUCUGCACAAAAGUAAGAUAACAUCAAUAGAGUGGUCCAAAAAUGGAAUGCGACUCUUCUCGGGAGACAAGGACGGAGUUAUUAUAAUGACUGAAAUAGACUUUUACAUGCACUUAUGCAAGUCGAUGGAGAUAGUGAACGAGCAGCACGAGAUAGUGCAGAUGAGCUACCACCAGAACACGCUGCUGGUGUCGAGCGUGUACCGCUGCAUCGUGUGCGAGCGCCGCGACCAGCGCUGGCACGUCAGCCAGCUGGGGAGAAAGGAGAGGAAGAGCCUGUGCGCGCUGGGUGCAGUUUUCCAGCACUCCUACGCGCGGGGCCUCAACAGCGGGGCCUCCGGCGGGCAAGGCCCGGGGGCACCGAGCGCGGGACCCUCCGCGUACUGCGCGCGCGCCGGCCUGCGCCUGUGGCGAGCCGACCGCGCGGGGAACGUGCUACAGACUCUGCUGUUUAAGGAAGCGAUAUCGAACCCACUGACCGUGGCGGAACUGCUGAACCCCGCGCAGCAGAAGCGCAGCCACUCGGAGCGCGAGUACAACCUGGGGCCGCUGCACGUGUUCCGCGAACACUUCCUGGUCUCCCACAACGAGCACUUCCUGUACGUGCUGGACCCCAGGUCCCUCACCGCGGUGGCCGUCGUGGAUGAUCUGAGGCGAAUCCUGUCGGUGUCGGUGAACAAGGACGAGAUAUUCGUGCUGGAGGGCGGGCGGUCGCUCGUGCGGCUCGCGCACCGGCCCGAGCCGGCCGCGCUCGCGCAAGACGAGCCAAGCGCAAUGACGAAAUCGCUCACGACGUCACUCCAGCAAGCGGUGAACACGGUGCGUGACCUCGCGCACAUCGACCAGACCGUGCCCUACAUACAGAGCGUGCUGGAACAGCCGAUGGCGUUGUUCACGCGGAACGAAACGACCGAAUUCGAUGCGAACGUGCCCAACGGAGAGGAAUGUUUCGAGCUGCCCCCCAUCAAACACUUGCCGAGAGAUAUAUCGGAUAACGUGCUCGAGUCGAUUAUAAACGAGUUCAAAGACGUCUCCGGCGACGUGGAGGAGAUAAGGCGAGUGAAGUCAGAGGAGUUGCAGAGGAAGUUGAAAAUGUAUAACAGCAUAAUGGAGAAGGGAUGCGAAGGGGAGCUGAUACAUAGCCGUAAGAGUAGGAGGAGGGAGGUCGGGUCGGGGGGGACCACGCCGCGACACUGCACGCCCGUGAGAAGGGAGAUUAGCUACACCAGCCCGUGCGUCAUGAAUGUUAGCGUUUAUGGUAACAUUCCUGACCAAAAUGACGACCAGCUCGAAAAGCAAAUUGAAGAAAAGGAAAAAAUUCUGGCAAAAAUGCUCAAUUUGGAAUCGCUCAGUAUAAAAACUUCUACAGAUAAUUCAAUCAAAGAAGAAAAUUCGUACAAGACCAAUAUUGACAUUAACACCACAGAUAAUGAAAUACCACAGACUAAAGAACCGGAACAAGAGGAAGCACCGAAAAUUGAAAAACCCGCCCAGAAGAAAACUGAAAAAAUAAUCGAUUUAGUUCCUAAAGUUGUUCAACUGCCCAAUACUUGGAAUUUAGAGAAUAUAGAAUUGCAUUUAGAAAUGAAAAAUGGCAUGAGGGAUGGGUUAAAUUUAAUAUCGCCGGAUGAAAAUUUAGAUAGCGAAUGGGAGGUUAUAUAACAAAAAAAAAAAAAUGACGAUCUUUUGAAAAGAUAUUUAUAUUUAUAAACAGGAAUACGGAUAUGAAAAAUGAUUUACGUAGCCUAACGGAAUUACUUUUUGAAUGCAAUAGAAUAUACAUAAUUCGCGCGCUCUUUGCGUGGACAUUUAAAAGUUGACCACGUAAUAUUUGCGUUUAAACCGACUGAUUCAAUUAAUUUUUAAUCAAAUUAAUUGAAUUUUUUCUGAACAAAUAUCGUUAUAUACGAACAAAGCUUAAUACUGAUAUUAUAAUACUUAAAUGAAUUGUUUUUUCGAUAAAUAUAAAUAAAAACGAUAUUACAUCACAAUAAUAAUAAGAUAUACAUCGCACAGCAUAUAGGUUAAUAUUUAACUACAUUCAUGCCUUUUGUAGUUAUUAUCAAUAGAAAUAGAACAAAAAAUAUAAACAAAUAGUGCCUCAAUUUUAAUAAUUCUUAUGAUAUAAUAUUAGCGGACAAAAGUUUGAUGCCUUAAUACUACAGUAAUCUAGAAUGGACCCCACAGUGCCAUAAAUGACGAAGAAAAUAAGCAAUAAGCAAUAAGUGACCUUCAUCUAUGAUUCCUUGCCAUUAUUGUAUUGUAUCACACUUUUGCUAUAAAUUGUCUUGAUAGAACCUUCUUUACAGUUCCGACUAUUUCUGCAGUAUCUUGUUGAAAAAAAAAAUUAAUAAAACCAAAUUUAUAUAUAAUAUAAAAAAUAUAAAAGUUAUUCCAUUUGUGUAAGACUGCUAAUAAUAUUACAAUUCUUUCAAUGAUCUGCUACUGGGUUUGGAUAUGAUAUGUUAUGAAUUAGCAUUUUCAAUUUGGUGAAUUUUUUUUUAUAACUUAACAUGAUAAUUUCGUUUUUAUAUUUUACUUUCGAUCAUUCUACAGCGACCAUAGAUAAAAUUUUA